AUGACGGACGCGUUGUCUUUGAUUAGAGAGUACACUCUUCAAAAGAAGGAGAUCGAAACCAAAGAUGGACUGGUUUAUUUAGGUGAUUUCGUCUGGGACGUCAAGGCGAAGACAAACUAUACCAUUUGGGGUUCCGGUCGUGAUGGACAGGCCAAAGAGUACUACACAAUCGAGGCGAUCCUGUUUUUCCUCGAGAACAUCGAGCUGACCCACCCUCAGUACAUCAAGGCAGCUAUUGAAAAGUUCGGUAGCAAUGAUAAAAACGUCUCCCGUCCUGACAGAAAGGACUUACUGGCAUUUCUGCAGGGACAAGCUCCCACGAGCAUGUCAAUCGACAGAAAUGCCCAAGUCGAGCUGGGACGACCGAGGCCACGAUCGGAUUUGGGCAGGAAUCAAGAGCCGAUGGAUAUUGACUUUGAUACCUCCAAAGUGGAGCCAUCAGAACGACUAAGAAAUAUUCUUGACAAGCGAUCUGGUCUUGUGAUUACAAAAGAUGACAUGCUCGAUGGAUCUGAAUUGCCGUCGAAGACUAUCGCAGAAAUCAAGACCAAGAUUCAAAUCAACAAGCGAGGACGAAUAACUGAUACAGACGUCAUUUCAGCUGGUCGAACUACUGAAAUAAACACCAAUAACUUUGAACGAGUCUGGCGGACACGAGAGUCUAUUCUUCAAUCUCAAGCAACAAAUUUCAAGAUCGUGCUCAAUUACCUCGAAGUCAUAAAGAAGAAAGAAGCAGGCGUCUAUCCUUCUAAGAAUGAAGGCAUGAUUCCAAACAAAAACAAGCCAAAAACAGAAGAGCUCUACUCUCGUUACGAUCAAAGUCGACAAGAUAACACCGGUAGUUUCCAGAUUGAUACCCUCGGUUCUAACACUGCCAAUACUUUGUCAUCUCUCGUCUCUGGUACAAAAAGACCUCACAAAAAAGAAGAGCCCACAAUUUUGGCUUCGCCCGCCGCUCAAUCGCCACCUGCAAAGAAAAAGUCGAGAACUCCAAUUAUAAUCGUUCCUGCCGCUUCUCAAUCCAUCAUCACUCUCGCUAACGCUAGGAACUUGCUCGAGGGGUACAAAUAUGCUGCUAAAAGAGCACAAAGUAGAAUUGAUAGCGAAGUGCUCGUUCAAUACAAAGGAGGCGGACGCACUAUCCCAUUCAAAAUUAUCAAUAAUGUUUCAAAGUUGAACAGUGAAGACUGGGAAAGAGUCGUCGCUGUUUUUGUUCACGGACCGGCAUGGCAGUUCAAAGGAUGGCCGAUCAUGGAGAACAAUGAUCCGAAUUCCAUUUUCCAGAAAGUCCUUGCCUUCCACUUGAAAUGGACGAACAAACCGGUCGAAGGCAAUGUACGAAAGUGGAGUUGUAACAUUGUCGAACUCGACGCCAUUAAACGGCACGCGGACUCGCAACGAUUCCGACAACUUUGGCAAAAGAUCGAAUCCUACUGCAAACGGGUGUGUAUUUGCUUUUCUAUAAUGAGUGUUCCCCCAGGUGGAGAUUUAACGGGCAAAGAUGCCGUUUUCGUUCCAACGGGAGAACUUCCGAUGGAAAACCCAGAGACUGUGACCGGAUACGAUUUUGACGAAGGCGUCGAUUAUGACAAGCUUUUUGAUACAAUGAGCCGAAUGGGCUUUCAAGCAACCACCUUCGGAAACGGUAUCAAAGAGAUUCGUCGAAUGAUCGAGCGAAAACUCCGUCCAUCCGAAGAAGAUAUUAAAAAGGCUGCUGAGCAAAACUCAGGUUGCGAUACCAAUUGCCGAAUAUUUCUUGGAUACACGUCUAACAUGGGAUCAUGUGGUGUUCGAGAGGUAAUUCGAUUUUUGUGUAAGCACAAGAUGGUCGACUGUAUCGUUGCAACUGCUGGUGGCAUCGAAGAGGAUUUGAUCAAGUGCCUUGCGCCGACCUACAUUGGCCGAUUUGAUUAUUCCGGGCGAGAUUUGAGAAAGCGAGGAAUGAACAGAAUUGGAAACUUGAUCGUCCCGAAUGACAACUACUGUAAAUUUGAAGACUGGAUCAAUCCGAUUCUUGACGCUAUGCUUGACGAACAGGAAAAAAACGGAACACGAUGGACUCCCAGUAGAAUGAUCGAAAGACUUGGAAAGGAAAUCAACAACGAAUCAAGUAUUUACUACUGGUGCUGGAAGAAUAAGAUCCCAGUUUAUUCACCUGCUCUGACUGAUGGAUCAAUCGGAGAUAUGAUAUAUUUUCAUUCGUACGCAAAGCCGGGACUGAUUCUUGAUCUUGUCGAUGAUAUACGCGGCGUUAAUAACUGUGCGAAGUUCGCGCUGAACACUGGUAUGAUUCUCCUUGGAGGAGGUGUCAUAAAGCAUCACAUUUGUAACGCGAAUCUGAUGAGAAACGGUGCCGACUAUUCCGUUUUUGUUAACACCGGACAAGAAUUUGAUGGCUCGGAUACUGGAGCUAAGCCGGAUGAAGCUAUUAGCUGGGGAAAAAUUAAAAUGUCAGCUGAACCGGUGAAAAUCAGCGGUGACUCGACGCUCAUUUUCCCACUAUUGGUCUCGCAAACCUUCGCCAAGUACAAGGAUGAAUUCAUCAAAUAUAAUGAAGCGCAAGCUGCAAGAGACGCUGGUGUUGACUACGACUCGCUGCAGCAAAACUUGCAGAAGUGGAAAACAAAAGGAUUCAAAGGAAUAACCGUCCAAGGCUCAAAUGGAUCGUAUCCUUAUUUAUCUCCGUCUGAAAGAAUCGAGCUGGUUGAGAGGCUUAACGACAUGUUGGCGGAAAUAGCAAAUGAUCGCGACGAUAAGAUGCUUCUGAUGGCUGGGGCUGGCGCGGAAUCUACAGCAGAAACAUUGAAAAUAACGGAAGCAAUGUGCCUAGCGGAUGCCGAUGUUCUGCUAGUAGUUACACCAAGUUUCUAUAAAAAUGCGAUGAAGACGAGUGUGCUAGUCAAGCAUUUCAGCACGAUAGCUGACUUUUCAGACAAACCGAUCAUCAUCUACAAUGUUCCAGCUAAUACCGGUUUAGACAUGCCAGUUGAGGCUAUAGCCGAUUUGUCCGACCAUCCCAAUAUCUGUGGUGUAAAAGAUUCUGGAGGCGACAUUGCUAAAAUUGGUCACUUACUUUGGCUCACUGAGGGGAAACAUUUCCAAGUGUUGGCGGGAUCAGCCAGCUUUCUCCACCCAGCUGUUCAACUGGGAGCUUCUGGUGGGGUGUGCGCGCUUGCAAACGUUUUGGGUAGUGAAGUUGUCCGCCUGUACAAUUUAUCUAUACAAGGCGAUAACGAGCGCGCAGCUUUGUUACAGAAGCGUUUGAUUCAUCCUAACCAGAUUGUUACGAAAAUAUACGGUGUUCCUGGACUCAAGCAUGUCAUGGGAAAUUUCGGAUAUGCAACAGGUCAUUUACGCCCGCCACUCGCAAAUAUUGAGCUGCACGAGAUGGAAAAAGCCAUGCACGCAUUUACGGCAGCAGGAUUUCAUGCUCCGCCUCAAUAA